UUUGAACCACCCUGUACAUAAAUAAAUAAAUAAAUAAACUUCGCCGAUUUUUUUGGCAAAACAUUUACGUCGAUUUGGAAAUCAGGGAAGAGCUUCUGUUAGUUAUUUGUCUCAUUACAUAUGUGAUGAAUUUAUUGAAAUAAUUAGAGAUAGAAUGUUAAGUACAUUCAGUGGUGAAAUUAAAGUAGCCAAAUACUUUAGCAUUAUCGUCGAUUCAACACCAGACGUAAGCCAUUGUGAUCACACACACAAAUAACACAAUGAUUCAUAGGAUUCAUUAAACUAGAAAAUCACACUGCGGAUUGUUUACAAAAGACAGUUGAUUAGAACAAAUAAACCUCAACAUUAAAAACUCUCGCGGACAGAGCUAUGACAAUGUAGCCAACAUGUCUGGAAAAUAGAUUUAGCCGCAUUUAACCCGAAUAAUUCUAGUUCUAGAACUUGUGUUAGUUGUAGUGAUAGUGCCCCACAUGUUGAGAAACGCUGGCUUAAUAUAAUCAAUUAAGUUUUAAAUCAUAUUUUAUCUUAUCAAUUGGUUUAUAAAAUAAUAAACAUUAGAAAAUCCGAAAACAAGUUAUAUAUAUAGCAUUAUCAUAUUUAAACACUCAGUUAUUAACCAUACAUCAAAAAAUGUCGAAUUAUGUAAUCGCAAAUUGUAUAGAUUUCGAUGGAGUUAAACUUCCGGAAUCAUUUAAACAAGUUAGAAAAGAAAUUGAAGAUUUCGAAGUGAGGCAAAACGAUGUUUGGGUGACAUCUUAUUCGAAAUGCGGUACAACAUGGUGUCAAGAAUUAGUUUGGUUGGUUUGUAAUAACAUGGAUUACGAGGGGGCUAAAAAACAUUUAGAAAUUCGAUUUCCAUUUAUAGAAUAUUCAAGUGUAGCCUUAGCAGUUGGCCAAUUUAUUGAAGAUAACAACAUUAAAUCGGAUUAUUCCGAUCAUAAAACGUUUCCUAAUCCGAUAAAAUUAUUGGAAGAUGAUGAAAAAGUACGAUACAUUAAGAGCCAUUUACCAUGGAAUUUUUUACCAAAGCAAAUCGUAAACGGAAUUAAAACACCUAAAAUAAUCCACGUAAUUAGAAACCCAAAACAAGUUGUGCUUUCUUAUUAUCAUCACGCAACGAAUAUCUUUCCCGUAUUUAAAGGAAGUUUAAAUCAAUUCGUUGAUGCUUAUAUAAAAGGAGAAGUUCUUUACGGUGAUUAUUUCACAACAGUUUUGCCUUAUUUAGAACAAAAACAUCGCGAAAAUCUCUUAAUAAUCACUUACGAAGAGAUGAGUUCCGACUUAAUCGGAGUUAUUAAUAAAGUUUCAAAGUUUAUGAACAAAUCUUACAGCGAUGAAGCGAUUAAAGAGCUUGCGAAACAUUUGAGUUUCGAUCAAAUGAAAGAAAACAGAGCGGUUAAUAAAUCCGAUUUCGUCAAGAAUGAAUCAGUUAAGUUUAUUAGGAAAGGAAAAUCCGAUAGUUAUAAAUCGGAAUUAGACGAGGAAAUGAUUAAAAAGUUAGACGAUUGGAUUGAAAAAUCAACUAAAGGAGUCGAUUUUCUUUAUAAAAACUGAUUUAAUUAUAAAAAAAUAAAUGCAGCUUCAUAA